AUGUCCCACGUCCGAUGGCGAAGCUGGCUUCGGUGCUGCCGCCGCCAUUACGUCCUCCGCCCUCAUAACCAUAGCUGGAAACCCGUUUGCGACCGCGCCGCAAGCACUUGGUGGCGUGACCCUAGUCUGGGGCAAGUCCAGGAAUUCCCACAAGGCCAAAAUCGCAGUCUGAACGGCAUAACGUCGUCAGAGGACGCCGUUAGCUCUGACUCGGACGGCGUUGAGCAGGUGACCGUCGACUUCGACGCUGUCGAGGAGGCGAAGACGGAGCUCAAGAAUACCCUUGACGAAGCGAAAAAUGCUGCAGUCGAAGUCAAGCUGGACAUUUCGCAAAUCGAGGGCCUCAAGAUCAACAACAAAGGGCUGGUCGUGGACCAACAUGGCCACCUGUUGGCCGAACUCUCCCAAGGCUACGACCUCGAAAAGGUGCGAGGCAAGAGAAUCAAUGGAAGAGGCGAGAUCCUUGAUGACGAGGACAAUAUUAUCGACAAGCGUGACUUCCUGAAGCUCCGGCCUGGUGCACGUUCUACAUCGGAUACUUCCAACUGGCACAAUCUGGAUGAACGUGAGCUACAUAGCUCACCUGCGCAGGAACUGGUAAAGUCCUGGUCCGUGAACGUCUUCGAACAACGCCCCGAGCUGUUAGGAGCAUCCUUGGACGCGCACUUGGGCUGUGACGACCUGCGGAAGACAGUCUUCAAUGCUGUCACUUCCUUCGACCUAUCGCACGUAGGGGUUUCAGAAGAUGAUAUUAUCACAUGGUCUUGGGUGCUCAUUGCACGUACUUCAAGGGCAGCCUUAGGACGUUGGCUCGAAGUUGCCACCUCCCAAGCGGAAGAACGCCGGGAGAUGCCAGAUUUUGUCCUGCUAUGGAUUCUGAGGGCGAGUGAACUGCCAGCCGAGCAUUUCCGUGCCCUCGUGCAGCAUCUGCACACACAACUAUGUGCUGACAUGGAAAACAGCUCCGGCCAGAACGAAGCUCCUGCGAGUACAUUCACGAACCGAGGCGCCAAUAAUGUGGUACUAGAAAGACUGAUUGGACAUGCGCUUGCUGUAGCAGUCGACAGGCUGCCAGCUAUCGCUGACAUAGCCUCUGUUCUGCUCUUUCAAAGAAUUGAUAUGGAUUGGCCCGGCCUCGUCAGCGACAGCAAUCGGGUUCUCGCGCUGCUAGCUUUCCCUCCAAGCAAGAAUCCAUUGAGACUGGUACACUUCCAGAAAUCCGCCCAAGUACGAUUGCUCCGUAAGAUGUUCGCUUCUGUUCCAGAAGUAACCCUGAACCGGAGAGGUUAUCAAGCUCUGAUAGCCGUCCAGCUUGCUCACGCCAAAACCGACGAAGAGGCGGCAUGGGCACGAGUCAAAGCGCUAUCAUGGCCACCAUGGCGAAAGGACAGGCUAGGCAUGGACCAACGUCUUGUAUAUCCCGGCCAGAUAUCGCGAGCUGGUAGAUUGCUCCGUCGCAUGAAUGAGGCCGGAUACGAACACGGCGUGUGGGAGCUUACUGCCAGAAUAUAUUCGGGCUGGGAUACCGAUGGCAGCCCGACCAUUCAAACUCGUACGCACCUGCGCAUGGACGACCCGAGAUGGGCACAGCAGACAAACGAAAAUCUGUCAGUCGACCAAGUUGAUCAAAUAACUCCUGAAUCCGGUCCCAACGUAGAAGUCCGCAGCCCGCCAAACACUAUCAUCAGCUCUACGGAAUCUAUGAUCUGGACUGCCAGGGUCACCGCCACGCGCUCGAUCCGCGAGGCUUGGGCUGCGUUCCUGUCCUAUAGGAAGGCUCUGAAGGCUGCGAAGGAAGAUCCUCACCCUCGUGUCUACGAGGCAAUGUUCGCCAAGCUUAACGCAGACGUACAACACCCAGAGCCGUAUCUUUCAGCAGUUCCUGGGGACGGACCGCAGACCUGGCCUGAUUCGAACAACGCUCAGGACCUCGUCUACGUCGAGAUCGAGCCUCCCAACGUCAAGAAGUUCUACGCAGAAAUGCGACAAGAUGGUCUUCCUGUGUCGCGAGAUCUUCUUGCCGAUCUGGUUAGGCGAUCGUCUUCCAUUCCACAAGCAGUCACUUACAUCCGAGAGUGUCUUUCGUCUCGGACUGCCAAAUCGCAUCUACUUGAUGGCGGAAAGACCUUUGCUAAUGACCGGAACGUCCGCGACAUUUUCACGUCACCCAGUGGCCAGAGGCUUCUAGCAGCGUGGUUGGAGCGAUGUUUCUCUGUUGUUCCCACUCGAUGCUACCUAUCUGCUACAUCAGAGAAGCCGACGGCGGAUGAUCUAGAGGCGACCAAAUGGCCAAUACUUCUGCUCAAGAGAUCUGCCUGGAAGGAUAGCAGACUGUAUAAUGCGGCACUGACCGGGCUGCGUCGGCGGCUUGACCAUCACACCACUGCAAAAGUUAAGUUCAACACCUGGGAAUUACUUAUGUCAGUGUGGUAUGAAAUGCGGCUUGUCUUGAAACUUAUGCGCACCCGAAAGAUAUAUCCCGACAGCAUAACCUUCCGCCUUGUCAACGAAAUCUACCACCAGGUCUUCAACCGAGGACCAUCACUGAGCUCUGGCAGAAGCUCUGGAACGGUGGAUCAUCCGGUCUCAUGGGCAAAGAGUGUCUUCGUCCAGGUCGUCUAUGGCACCACCGAUUCCAUUAAAUGGAUUCGAGACGACCAGAUUGGCAGUCGUCAGCUAGUCGAUCCUCCCACCCCAUACGAAUUACGUCUCCUUGUCGAAACGUUGGGAAUAUUCCAAGACAAGGAGGGAAUAGUCGAACUCUUGUUAUGGAUGUCGAAGAAUCAAGAAGCACUAGACGGAGUUCACAAAUACUUCCGCCAAAGCGAGCGGCAAAUGCUUAUUGUACAUACCGUCGCUCGAAUAUUUGUGGAUGGUUUGAUGGACGGCGUCAAGGCUGAUGCAAACGAUCAGCAGCUGUUCCACAGGCUCUCGCAGUCGAUCGAUCUGCCAUCAGUUGAAGACUGCCACGCUUAUAUGGAAUCGCGACCGAGCUGGAGUUGGGAGGAUGCACCGCAUCGAGGGAUGAAGAACCCGAGGAGUGUUAGCGCAGUGACAAAAGAGCUGGCGGGCAAGGUGUACGAGCAGGCCAAGGAAGGAAGGAUGGUUGUGACUCUGGGCGGUGACCACAGCAUCGCGGUGGGAACCGUGGCGGGCACAUCAAAAGCCAUCAAGGAGAGACUGGGCAAAGAAGUGGCAGUCAUCUGGGUCGAUGCUCAUGCUGAUAUUAACACUCCCGAAACAUCAGACAGCGGCAACAUCCACGGCAUGCCGGUCGCUUUCCUCACAGGCCUCGCCAGGGAAGACAGGGAGGAUGUGUUCGGCUGGCUCAACAAAGACUUUGGGGAGAAGCCAGCCCUGUCCGUGUCGAAGCUGGUGUACAUUGGUCUACGAGAUGUUGACCGAGGCGAGAAGCGCAUUCUCCGGGAGAACGGGAUCAAGGCAUUCUCGAUGCACGAUGUCGACCGUCACGGAAUCGGGCGCGUUGUUGAGAUGGCACUCGCUCACAUCGGCACGGACACGCCCAUUCACCUGAGCUUCGAUGUGGAUGCUCUGGAUCCGCAGUGGGCUCCCAGCACUGGAACACCCGUCAGAGGCGGGCUCACGCUGCGCGAGGGUGACUACAUCGCGGAGUGCGUACACGAAACCGGCCAGCUGAUCGCUAUGGACUUGGUGGAAGUCAAUCCGAGCUUGGAAGUCGCAGGUGCGUCUGAGACCGUUCGGGCUGGCGUCAGUCUUGUCAGGUGUGCUUUGGGCGAUACACUGCUCUGA